AUUGCAGAAGUAUCAAGCACGGCAGUAACUCGUUUUCUGGGCGUGUGACGGUAAGACAGGAAACGUGGGGAGAAACCUGUCAGUUAUCGCGCAUUUCCGCAAUUAUUGUAAGAUAGAUGGUUCUUGUCUACUGGCAACCCACAGGGCGCAGGAAGGGCGUUGUGCGCGCUCAUAUCAAAACUGGUACAAAGACCUUCUGAGAUGCACACGGCGGAGGGAACGCGCCUGGGCUGGAAGAGGGAAGCUAAAGGCAACCAGAUGAUUCGUUUUACCAUCAUUCUGUUACUAGCAGUCUGGGCAGCCAUCCCCACAAUAAGGGCCAUCAUCAUCACAGGGGCCUGCCGGUCGGAUGAAGACUGCAUGGAGGGGAAGGGAAGACCGGCAUGCUGUUCGCCACUCAACCCCUACACUCCUGUCAGGGUGUGUAAGCCGCUGGGGGCGGUGGGAGACCCGUGCCACACCGCCACCAACCGGAUGCGCUACCCGUUCCCGGGGAUACGCACCUUCUGGAGAUGCCCGUGUUUUGAAGGGUGGUGUGUCGCGAAAGCCAACGGCAAGAUCGGGACGUGUGAGGUCGUGAUGUAAGGAGCCGUGUGCGCUAUGUCUUAAUCGGAAUCAUCCACAACACUCAAGUACCACUUUCUUAGCAUUCAGACAGGGUGAUAAUUCAUAUCAUCUCUGACAGAAAUGUAGGAGUUGAGUAAAUAGCCUUUGUAAGGAAAUACCCGAGGCAGCAGGAGCAAGACUUUCGGAACACAGAUAAAUAUCUCACUAUGGCGUUGCCAAUUUCUGUAUGUGUCUUCUGUCUCAUUAUUCACGUGCAUACUCCAAUUACGAUUGUGCAUUCAACUCCGUUUGAUAAAGAGAAUAUUAAA